GGUGACGAAGAUGGGGAAUUCGAGCUUGAAGAUGUUAUUCAUCCGGAUACUUCUAGCCCCGUUAAGCAAGGGAAUGAUGUGGUGCAGGAGAUCGAAUUCCCCAAACACGCGGAUGAAAACAACAACCCAGUGUCCAAUAUAUCUAAUAUGCCCAAUAAUCCGGGCGUUGAUAGUAACAUCUCGUCUCAAUCUGUGUCUGAUGAUUUGGCCAAUACGGAUAAAAUGACAGAUUCCAGUUCACAAAAUAAAUCAAUUAAUUUGUCGUCAUCUGUAACACCUGAUAAAAAUAAUAAUACUUCUGAUGAUAUCGUGUGUACCAUUUGUAGAGAUGGUCGCUCUCCUAAAAAUAAUCGUAUAGUAUUAUGUGAUAAGUGCGACAUUCCUUAUCAUCAACAAUGCCACAAACCGCCUAUUGAAAGUCGCGUAGUUGAAAUAACUGAUGCAGAAUGGAUGUGUGCAAAGUGUGAGGAAGCGCUUAGAGGCCGUAAACGAAGGAAAGUCGAUAGUUCAAACACAUCAUCUGGAUCCAUAUCUGUCUCUUCCGAUAUUUUUCGAGGUAGCUCAGGAAAUGGUUUAACAGAAGAGCAGAAAGUUGCAUAUCUGUCAUCUUUACCACAGCGAGUCCUAAUUGAUCUUAUACUCAUUGCUGAAAAAUUACAUCCGGAUCUUCCUUUAUAUCCAGCUGAUAUAAAAGAAAAAAUCGCGAAUAAUGCUCAUGCUAUUACAUCUACAUCUAAUCAAAAUCCCUCAUCGGUGGAUGAUAGGCAGACACCAGCACUACAAAAGGCGGUUAAGAAAGAACGUAUAUUACGAAUUGGAACUGUUUACAAGCUUAAUUCUAAUUAUAAACCAGUCAAAAGACCACAAGAUCCCGAAGAAAAUCAACCUUUCAAAGGUAUUUCUUCGGAUAAUGAUAAUCCUGAUCACAAUAGUCAAAAUGGUAUAUAUGAAAUUGCCGUGAGAAUGAGCAACACGGAUAACUUCUCAUCUGUUCAAAUGGACACUGAUGAUCAUCCAAGCUUAUCCUCGUCUGCGGUCUCUGCGGUUUCAACACCUAUUCCUAAUGUUGUCUCCAAUGGUCAUACUGCA